CUACUCACCAGUAAAGUUACAUAAAUUGUUAGUUUUACAUUUCAUUUUCCCUACAAGCCUCAAAAAUUUUCUGCAGUGAAAUCCUACUCUAACAAGGUGAUCCUGGACGGAGUUGAUAUCACGGUGGAAAAAGGAACAAUCUAUUCACUCCUUGGACCGAGUGGAUGCGGGAAAACCACGCUGCUUUCCUGCAUCGUGGGAAUUCAACAGUUAAACGAAGGAAAAAUUGAGUUAUUUGGACGGAAUGUGUCCACAUUUCGAAAUGCGAUACCUGGAGGAUUAAUCGGCUAUAUGCCACAGGAGACUUGCCUCUACGAAUCCUUCACAAUUCUGGAAACAUUCAUCUACUACGGAAGACUGCAUUGUAUGCCGUUGGAUAGGAUUAUAUGCAACCUGGCAAAUUUAAAAAUUGUCAUGAAUCUACCCAGUUUGAACAGUUAUGUCAAUAAUAUCAGUGGUGGGGAGAGGCGCCGUGUCUCCCUCGGCGUGGCGUUGCUGCAUGACCCUAAAAUUCUUGUCUUGGACGAGGCUACGGUCGGAAUUGAUCCGGUUUUACGACAGAAAAUUUGGGAUUAUUUGGAAAGUCUUGUUCAAUCCAGUGAAACAACGGUAUUUCUCACGACGCACUACGUCCAAGAAACCAGGCACUGUGCAAAGAUCGGAUAUCUACGAGAUGGCCACAUGUUAGUACAAGAUUCGCCGAAAGCGUUGCUAGAAAAAUAUGGUCCAAAUUCUGAAUUGAAUGCUACCACACUCGACGACAUAAUGCUACAUUUAUGCAAAUCCCAUAUUUCGCGAACACACCAAAUCACAACAUGUUGUACCCCCAAAUUUUCAAAACUGGAGACUGAAUCUGAUCACGAAGUGCAAUUACUACAGGUUGGAGUUCUCAAAGCCCACAUCGGAAACGAACAGGCAAUCCCACAGACUAACGUUCAAAAUCAUUAUGGACGCUCGAAUGUCCACUAUUCUCAACUGAAGGCACUCACAAUCAGGAAUUGAAUUGUGUACAUGAGAUUCCCAGCAGACUUCAUGAUUUGGUCGGAGAUUUCCUACCUCGCUUAUCGAGGUUGCCAGCUAACUUCGAAGAUUAACAAAUGAAUGGGAGGGGAUACACACAUACAAUAUAAGUAGAGGACUACCUCGUUUGCACAUAUUGACGCAUUAAUGACAGACAUAGAGUAUAUUCAGUGUAAAAAGCCGUCGAAAAGGGGCAUAGCGAAAUUUAUGAGGCGACAGCAAAAUAUACAAAUUUUGAUUAAAAACUAUACAAAUUUAGUUUUUGUAAAAUAAAUAAUUUUUUAGUAAAAAU